AUGGUCACCCCCAACAUUACCUCGGAUCAAUCAGCCCUUCUCUCAUUGAAAGCCAAAAUCACUGGGGAUCCUCACGAAAUCUUGGCAAGCAACUGGUCGGCUACUUUCUCAGUUUGUGACUGGAGAGGAGUCACUUGCGGCUCUCGCCACCGCAGAGUCACUGCCUUGAAUAUCUCCAACUUGGGCCUCACCGGCACCAUUCCUCCACAACUGGGCAAUCUCUCCUUUCUCAUGUCUCUCGAUAUGAGCAGGAACAACUUUUACGGAGAACUUCCCCAUGAAUUGAUUCGUCUGUCCAGGUUACAAGUCCUCAGUUUAGGCGUUAACAUGCUUAGAGGAAAUAUUCCCUCUUGGGUUGGUUCCUUCCAACAACUCCAACACUUUUCUCUAAAGAACAAUAGCUUUACAGGCUUUAUCCCACCUUCUAUCUCCAACAUGUCCAAGCUAGAGACAUUAAGUCUGCAGUAUAAUUCUCUACAAGGAGCAUUACCAAUCGAGAUUGGGAAUUUAAACAAGUUGAAGCAAAUAGUCCUGGUCUAUAAUCAGCUUUCCGGUUUUCUGCCACUGGGGAUGUUCAAUAUUUCCUCACUGCAAGUUAUUGCACUUCAAAAUAAUAGCUUAUCUGGCAGUCUUCCAUCCAGCAUAUGUUCCCGUCUUCAAGGACUCACAUGGCUUGACCUUGGCCGCAACAAAUUAAGUGGUGUGAUACCACCAUCGUUAUCGGAGUGUUCGAAGCUUCAGGUACUGUUGUUGUUUGACAACAACUUUAGUGGAAUGAUACCGGAAGGAUUUGGGAACUUGACGGCGCUCAAGGGACUAAGUCUUGGCUGGAACAAUUUGAUUGGAGUGAUACCGGAAGGAUUUGGGAACUUGACGGCGCUCGAGCGACUAUAUCUUGAUGGGAACAAUUUACACGGGACAAUUCCAAUGGAGAUUGGGAAAUUAAAAAAGUUGAAGCGAAUUGUCCUGGACUAUAAUCAGCUUUUAGGGUUUUUGCCACUGGGGCUGUUCAAUAUUUCCUCGCCGCAAGUUAUUGCCCUUCAAAGCCCGCGCUGGGUUGUUCGGAUGGUGGAGGCGGGGUCUUUACUCCAAGUCCACCUGGGUUCGAUUCCAGUCCGCAACCCAAUUGUGUAUGUCCUAGGCAUCGGUCGGGCCCGCUCUGCCUGGACGCUGUGGAAUUAG